UUGAUCCACUCCACAUAUCGCACCAUUCUCCCCCUCCACCGACGCUCCACCCCUCUGGGCCCGUCUCCACUUGCGGCGGCUUGUUUGCCCAAGCAAUAGCUGUAUUGGUGGUGUUUCUUCAGUCUCCGACUGAGGUCUGAGGCCUGAGGUCUCUGGCUACCACAGCCACAGAUUAGCCGGCGGCGCGUAAUGGUAGCUCUAAGUGCACGCAGCUGUCUCUUUGAAGUACAUUUUGAUUAAUUAAUUAAGCUACUCAUACUCAUACUCAUACUCAGACGCGUAUAAAAUGUCCAAUAAAUCUCUUUUUGGGGGCGACCUCUUGCCAUGUGGUCAAGUCCAUGAGGAGUCCAUCCAUAUCCACCUAUAAAUGGCAGCGGCACACGCUUAACGGUAAUUAGUUCUCCACUCAAGGGACCAUCAUGCGCAUCUCAAUCAGAGCCGCUUUAUAUCUGGUACUGCUCCUUUGUCUGAGUGGGAGCCACAGCCAGAGCCAGGCAGCCACAAUCCUGCAUGGCAAUGGACACACAGCCAGCGCCAUCUCCCACCAGAGCUUCACACGACUCUCGCCAGCAAAGCCAUCGCUAAUCCUCCAGCAGCAGCAGCAGCAGCAGCAUCAACAUCAUCAACAGCAUCAACAGCUGGUGGAACAGCCCACACUGCGCAUCGUUAGCUACCACAAGGAGGAGCAACCGCAGCAGCACCUCGUGUCCAUCCAGAGCACAAGCCCAAGCCCAAGCCAAACCCCUGCCCAUCUCACGUACUCCGCCCGACCAGUUGUCCAUCAGAUGCUGCCACGGAUUAAGCCCGUGCGGAACAUAAGCUUUGCCUCCCUAAUCCCCGGACCACGCAGCCUCUCGGCGAGGACCUACGAUGAGCACCAGAACCUACGACUAUUGUCGUCCCCAGUGUAG